AUGAAUCAUACUACACGAGAGGAACGGGGGGAGCCGCUACCGGCAAGAACGUUGGGAAACGUUCGUCUACGGGAUGAGGCUACGAACGAGGUCAUCUUGAUCCCAAGGCCAUCCGCAGACCCAAAUGAUCCCUUGAAUUGGCCACAAUGGUACAAGUAUUACAUGGCGGGUUUGAUCUGUGUGGCGAUGAUGAUGUGCAAUUUUCUUGCAGCUGGACCAUCGAUAGCACUUUUGGAGACGGCCCUGGAGUUCUUUCCAGCGGCCGCAACGGACGAUGAAGUCCUCUCGUUUGCAAUCGCGCAGACUGCUUACUUUUUCACAACGACCGCGCUUCUACAAGGCGUUGGCAACUUUUUCUGGGUGCCCAUGGCCAACAAGUACGGCCGACGACCGGUUUAUAUCGCCAGCUACGCCAUCUACUUUGCGUGCUCAAUAUGGCUCAUAUUUGACCACUCGUACGCCGGUUUCCUGGCGGGUCGUAUCUUGAUGGGAUUCGGGGCUGGCGCGGCAGAGACCAUCGCCCCUAUUUCCAUUGCCGAUGUCUUCUUUCUGCACGAAAGAGGAACCGUUAUGGCCCUCUAUACCUCUUUUCUCUCUGCUGGAGUUGGCUUUGGGCUGGUGAUUUCAGGUCUUAUAACCGUAAACAACGACUGGAGAGUGAUAUACCAAGUUUCUGCUGCCUUGAUCGGUGUUGUCCUUGCGUUGGCAUUCUUCACAUUUCCCGAGACGGCAUACGACCGAGAUGAUGCCACUAACUGGAAUCGACUGGAGUCGAUAGGUGGCAGCAAGCCCGGCUCGACGAGGUCCGAAAGUGAACUUGUCUCGCAGCCAGCGAGAAGCACACUCUCCCAAAAGAAUUCUUACCUGUCAUCCUUGAAGAUCUUCCACAAAACCAUGACCGAGGAGAGCCUGCUGAAGCUGUUCCUCCGCCCAUUGGGUUUGAUUAUCCUGCCGCCUGUGCUGUGGGCGGCGUUGGUGCAGGCCUUGGCUGUUGGCUUCCUUGUGGCCGUCUCUUCCAAUAUUAGCUCCGCCUUCAACACCACAUAUGGAUUCGACGCGUGGCAGAUCGGUCUGUGUUUCGUUUCUGGUAUUAUCGGCGCCUUGCUCGGUAUCCCGGCCGGCGGCCAUUUGGGCGACAAGAUCGCCGACUGGUUCACCAGGCGCAACGGCGGCAUCAGGUAUCCAGAAAUGCGGCUUCCCGGCAUGGUCAUAUCCAUGAUAACGACGCCUCUGGCCCUUGUGCUGUACGGCGUCGGGAUCGAGAACCAGCUGCACUGGAUCUGUCCCACCAUUGGCCUAGGGCUCUUGACCUUUUCCAUCUCUCAGGGCACAAAUAUCUCCCUCGUAUAUGUGAUCGACGCGUAUCGUCCGGUGGCAGGAGAAAUCACUUUGGCAGUGAUGGGUUUCAAGUCCCUUUUCGGUUUCCUGUUGUCGUUUUAUACCAAUACGUGGGUCGAAGAUGCCGGGUACGUGAAUGCGUUCGGAGCGAUGGCGGGGAUCGCGAGUGCUGUGCUGGUCAUGUGGGUGCCGCUUUUCGUUUGGGGCAGGUUGGUAAGGCAUGAGUCGUGGAAGUGGCCCAUCGUCUCGUAUAUCCAUUGGAGCAAAGACAGGGAGGUUGGAGAAUAA